GUCACACUGUUUUACGAGUAUAAAAACAACGAAGUGGGCGUUGUAGUACUUCAUGUACCUUUAUUGUGGACAAAACUUCAACAUGGUGCAAGUACCCAAAACUGGAACGAGAGAGAAUAUUAUUCUUAAGGCUGGCCAUCCUCCAGCAGUGAAGGCUGGCGGUAUGCGUGUUGCCAAGAAGAACACAGAUGACGGUGGCGCACCAGAGAAGGAGACCAAGAGGCCUGAGAAGACCAGAUCUUUGAACACCACCUCCAGAAUGCAACAAGUCAGUGUUUUGUUGGCUGGAACACUGGAUAAGCUGAGUCACGACUUUCCGGAGACCCCGGCGAGCGUGCGGCACAGCAGAGUCCGACCGGCAAUGGAGAAACCUCAUGUGCCCCGGAGCUUCUUCAUCCAGCAGCCUCGCAAAUGCUGAACCUCCCUCAUACCCACACGCAUACAAGCACACAGCCACGGAUACCAGCAUUGAGUGCCACAGGUCUGCCUUGUGUAGUCAACUGUAAGACAAACAGGAAGUGAGUGUGCUUUGAAGCGUGUUGUGUGCAUUGAGGAACUGACACAAGUUGCCAGUUAAUCUUUAACCCUUUCGAUUAAUGUGACAUCUGUUUAGGCUGUUAGAUGCAAGCCCUUCUAACCUUGCACCUUUGGUGCAAGACCGUUUUAAUAUCGCUUAGGUAUUUUUGUAUGCUUACUAUAAACCAGUCUUGGUUUGUGCUUUUGAGUGCUUCACUAGCUUGACACUCACUGUUCCUGAAAUGUCUUUUGUAGUAAGACAGGUUUGGCAUUUGUUUACAGCUUUGUGUUUGCAUGGCAUUACUUUAAAGGCUUAUUUUUGUUGGUGAACUAAAAUUUAAUAUUUUUUCACUGUCUUGCUUAAGAUUGACAACUUCAGUAAAGACCCACAUUUCUGCAAA